AUUACGUUAAUCUGUAAUAAAAGGUUGUGUUAAUUGGUGAUGUUAUACGGUGUAUGUGUUAAUUUACCGAAACACUUUCUAAAAUUAUUUAAAUAAGCAAUACUAGCCACGUCAUUUCUCGGUGCUUCGCUUUUAAUAAAACUAGCUUCAAAUUUUGUAUUUCAUCUAUACUGUAAAUUUGAGACCAUUGUUUUUUUUUUUUUAGCAAGGGACGUGUGCGUAAAUUUUCGAGAACAAUAACGUCGUCAAUUGGUCUAUGGCGCGCGAUAAAGUGUAUUAAGUACAAAAUAAAUGUUUGGCAUUUCAUUUAAUUUGAAAAGAAAGCAUAAUUAUAUCAUUUUGGCUGCUUAAUGGAAACUAUUUAUCAAUGAAGAUGGCAAAAGACGCCUUCAUUGUGUUUAUAAAACAGUGUUGCCAACUUACAUUUACUCAAUGAUGUCGAAACUGAAACAAUCCUUCAAUAUUAAACCUCAAUUUAAUGCCCAUUUAUACAAGAGCCUGACUUUGCUAGCGAACUUAAGAAUUUAUAUUAAACAAGAAAAGCAAUUAUUUUGCUAGAAGUACUGAUCAAGAAGGAGAAAAGGAAGAGCAAAAAAGUUUGAAAAAAACAAAAAACUCAGCCACUCAAUCUGCCACCCGUUUACUACUAAGUCACAUCAGACUUUCAGUCAAAAGCCAUACGUUGAACGGUUGCGGUAAAUGUUAAAGUGACAAAAUAAAAUAAAAGGAGAACAAGACGUCAACGAAGAAGACGAACAAGUAACUAAAAAAAAAAAAAAAGUAUUCGAAUAUUAUUUUGCUAUACUACAUAAUAUACAAAACGAAAGAAAAAAACAAACUACAGCAGUUAAAAUAUACAUAAAUAUAUCUAAUGAAUAAUAUUUAAGAAGGUAUGUACUAUACUAGUUAAAGAAAACAGAAAGAAGCAAGCAGUAUAUCUAUUCUAUACGUGUAUAUAUUCCAUAUUAUAAAUGUGCGUGUUUAUAAGAAACGGGAAGAGAAUUAACAUUAAUAAUAAAAAGGACAGUAGCAGUACUAACAUCUAUAAAAAUAGUGGCCGAAUCCAGCAGCAUCAGCAGCAGCAGCGACAACAACAACAACAACAACAACAAAAACAAAAAUCAUAUGAAAAUCAUUAGCAAUAGUUUAUAAUAGGAACCAGGAGCAAUAAUUUAUUUCGACGUUAUUAUUUAUUAAAAUAAAAAGCAACACAUUAUUUAUUUGUGCACCAAGGCGGGAUAUUGAAACGAUUGCAUUGCAUAUUGUAAAAGCCAAACUAUUGCAAGAACAAAAUUUGGCUGCUGGGUGCGAAAUCAAUCAUUGGACGCAAAUUAACACAAAAAGAAAGACAAGAAUAAAUAAACAAAAAACCAGGGACGAGGAAAUAGCGGGAAAGAUAAGCCGAAGAAAAGGAGUAAAACGCUCAGGGGAAACUAAACAACAGUUGUAUCCAAAAUUAAAUUUUAGAGUAUUCGUAUUCGCAAACAGUAACAGUAGUGUCUAAGUAUUCUGUAAAAUUUUAGCAAUUACAUCAAUUUACAACAAUUAUAUACAACAAACAACACGACAACGUAGAUAGAUAGAGUUGCAUUCGUGAAUAUCAUCGGAUCAAUUGAAUCGGAACCGGAUUGAAAGACAGCAACAAACAAAACAAAGUAUAUCCUUUCUUCCAUCAGUUGCUUUUUGUGAAACCGCUUAUUAACUCAAGACGACACAAUACCGAAACGAAAUUAAUAAUAACAAGCAAUGGACGAAUCACAGCCGAAAACAUUGUAUGUAGGAAAUUUAGACGGCUCCGUAUCGGAAGAAUUGCUUACUACCCUUUUCGGUCAGAUGGGUACCGUGAAAGGUUGUAAAAUUAUUCGGGAACCAGGCAACGAUCCCUAUGCAUUCAUCGAAUAUUCCACGUAUCAAGCGGCUACAACAGCUUUAACGGCCAUGAAUAAACGCUUGUUUCUCGACAAAGAAAUUAAGGUAAAUUGGGCUACUAGUCCUGGAAAUCAGCCCAAAACAGAUAUUAGCUCACAUCAUCACAUUUUCGUCGGCGAUUUGAGUCCCGAAAUUGAAACGGAAACGUUACGCGAAGCUUUUGCUCCAUUUGGAGAGAUCUCUAACUGCCGCAUCGUACGUGAUCCGCAGACAAUGAAAUCAAGGGGAUAUGCCUUUGUUUCAUUUGUGAAAAAAGCUGAGGCUGAGAAUGCGAUACAAGCAAUGAAUGGUCAAUGGAUUGGCUCACGUUCAAUUCGUACGAAUUGGUCGACAAGAAAAUUAGCACCACCCCGUGAAACGAACAAAACGGGUGGUUUGGGUACGGGGGGAAUUAAGAAUAACACUAGGCAAACAUUUGAAGAUGUUUAUAAUCAGUCCAGCCCCAUGAAUACAACCGUUUAUUGUGGUGGUUUUGCACCAAAUGUGAUUACGGACGAAUUGAUGCACAAGCACUUCAUGCAGUUCGGACCUAUUCAGGAUGUACGUGUAUUCAAAGACAAAGGUUUUGCCUUUAUUAAAUUUGUAACAAAAGAGUCUGCAGCACGUGCCAUCGAGCUCACACACAACUCCGAGGUUCACGGUAAUCAAGUUAAAUGUUUCUGGGGAAAAGAGAAUGGCGGCAUUAACGCCAUUAAUAGUAAUGAUAACGCCAUUAAUAAUAUGGCAGCAGCCUCGGCAAGUGCAGCAGCUGCUGCAGCAGCCGCUGCGGCCGCGGGUGCCAUCAUAGGUCCUGGUGGCAUACCGACUACACCACAACAAGCAGCUGCAGCUGCAGCAGCAGCUAACGCGGCCGGCGCCGCGCUGCCUGGACAAAUGAUGACACAACAACAGCUUGCAGCCGCUGCAGCUGCUGUGCAGUAUCCAUAUGCGGCGGCAUAUCAACAAAUGGGUUAUUGGUAUCCACCGGCGGGUUAUCCAGCAGCCCAAAUGCAAACACAAUAUAUGCAACAAGGCUAUUAUCCCUACGCUUAUGCAGCUAGUGCACAACAGGCUGGAGCUGCAGGUUAUCGAAUGGUUCAGCCCAAUGUCGCCUGGGGUGUACCGGGAACGAUGGUGCCGGGCGUAACAGCAGCUGCGGCCACUGCAGCAGCAAACGGUUCGUUAGCACCACAAAUGAUGUAUAGUGCUACAAUGCCACAAUAUCAGACCCAAUGAAGCUACUAGAUGGCGUGUUUUUUUGCUCCGUUGUUGAACUAUAACUUGAAUUGCGAGUAUUAAGCAGAUAAACGGAUAAAAUGGUUAAGAAGGGAAUGAAGAAAUUUUAAUUAAUCGGAAGGCAGACUGCGAAAAGACAAAAUUAGUAAUGGAAGAAAGACAACAAACAAAAAAAAGAGAAAAAAAGAAAAGGGAACGAAGCCGUUUCUGUAUUCAAAAACUCAAGAGAACUUCAGCAAUCGGUUCUAGACACGCUCCAUUCAGUUGAUAUUAGAAUUUAUUUUCUAAUAAAAAGUAUCUCUCAAAACCCACAAAAACAAAACAAAUCACACAACCUUCAACCAUACAGAAAGAAGAAGAAGAAGAAGAAGAAGAACCUCUCGCUAUAUUCCUCGAUUGUUUGCGAAUAAUACAUGUAUAAAGAUCGAUCAAUCAUAAAAACUUCUGUCAGGAAAUAACUGCUACAAAGACCUGAAAAACUGUUACAAAUCUACGAUAUUUCUUAAAGAAAAUAAAAAUGUUAAGCCCAAACUGUGUGUAAACAUAAUGUGCAUACACUCGUUAUCAGCAAGGACGCAAAACAUCCCUUCAUUGAAACAGCUUUUCAGGCACAAUUGUUAUGUCAUACAGCGAUUAAUAUAAUGCGAACUAUAUUGAAUCAUAAUACAUGCUAUACACAUUUACAUACAUGCAAAUACGUACAUGUCCAUAUUGACACAAACACACACACACACACACAUACACAUAUAUAUCUCACAGACAAACAGACACAUGCACACACACACACACACACACACACUACACUGCACUGCACUACACUUUACACAUACAUGUGUGGACACAAACACAUUCAGAUUUGAUCUAUACGCGCAUGCGUAGAUUCUCAUAUAUCUUGUAACAUUCGCUUACAAUCUUCAAACCAUAGAAGUUAGGUCGUUGUUAAUUUAAUUA